GUUUCAAAUUGCCUCAGACUCCUUUUGAAAAGCUCCUGAUUUUGGAAAUGCAAGUAGCCCUAACAGCCAGUGCUUCAGAAACUUGUGUAUUACCCCCAAAAUUAAGGGAUGGAGAACCAGACAGAGGUGAGCGAGUUCAUUUUCCUGGGCCUCACCAAUCUGAGGGGUCUGCAGUGCUUUCUCUUUGCCCUCUUCCUGCUGCUUUACAUGGCCAGCGUUUUGGGGAAUGGAGUCAUUGUGGCUGUGCUACUGGCCGAGCCCCGGCUUCACACCCCCAUGUACUUCUUCCUGGGAAAUCUCUCCAGCCUAGACAUCUUCUACUCCACAGUCACUGUGCCCAAGAUGUUGGCCGGCUUCCUCUCAGGGCACCAGACCAUCUCCUUUACCAGCUGCCUGGCACAGCUCCAUUUCUUCCAUUUCCUGGGCAGCAGUGAAGCCAUGCUGCUGGCUGUCAUGGCCUAUGACCGCUACGUGGCCAUCUGCAACCCACUGCGCUACACACUGGUCAUGAGCCCACAGGCCUGCCUGCUGCUGGCAGGAAUCACCUGGGCCACUGGCUUCCUGCAUGCCCUGAUGCACACGGUCAUGACCUCCCGGUUGCACUUCUGUGGCCCCAACCGUAUUCACCACUUCUUCUGUGACAUCAAGCCCCUGCUGAGCCUGGCCUGCAGCAGCAUCGGCCUCAACCUGAGCCUCCUCCACACCGUCACUGGGAUUAUUGGUGUGAGUCCAUUCAUCAUCACUCUCCUCUCCUACCUCUACAUCAUCUCCUUCCUCUUCCUGAAGGUACGGUCACGGGAAAGCAGGAGAAAGGCCUUCUCCACUUGCACCUCCCACCUCACUGUGAUAGCAAUGUACUAUGGGACAGUGAUCUUCGCCUACACGCGUCCUUCUUCAGGAAGCUCCAAGGGAGAAGAGAUGAUCAUCACCCUAGUGUACAGUGUCAUCACCCCAGCUCUGAAUCCCCUCAUCUACACCCUGCGGAACAGUGAGGUGAAAUACGCCACCAGGAAAUUCAUCACUAGAAAACUCUUCCCUGAAAGGAACUAAAUCAAAUGACUGCUUCUUGUUUUGAAGUGAAAAGGAGAGAUGUUGACCAAAGGAAUUAUAAUGUAGGGGAUCUAGCUUCAAAAUUCCAUGGAAAAAUAGACUAUAGGUGACAUUCUUGCAGUGACCAAGAUGGAGAUGGAAAAAUGUCCUCCCAGGAUUUCUUCAUCUCUAAUUGUUAGAAAUUUGGUACAUAGGUCACAUUUGAAUAUUUAUUAGUUGUAAUUCUCGUUUCCUCCCAUUAUUCAUCAUAAAUGAAAUUUCUUUCAGUAGAAAUCUCUACUCUGGCUUGUAUUCACAGCUGGCAACUAAACAUACAAUUGUGAUUGAGGUAUUUUAAUGUCUGUGCAGCCAGCUUAAAUGAACCUAAUUUUUAAAGCUCCAUUGAUUUGUUUCUUUUUCCCACACCCCUCUUCUUGUCACAACAAUGGAGAGUUAAGAUUUUUUGGA